AUGGAACCCAAGUUAUCUCUUCACAUCUACCUUGCCGCUGCUGUUGUGUUAUUCGUAUUAUGGUGGGUGAAGAGGAAGGGUUCCAAGGUCAAGCCGGUGGCUGCAAGACCUAGCAAGACUCCAAACUCUUAUGUGGUAGCUCCGGUGGCUGCUGAUUUUGACUGGCGCAAAGAAGAGCCUUUGAAGUCGUAUCCUUACAAGGAUAAGCCUUACCGUUUGACGAUGGGUAUCACGAAGUUGGACGCCCAGGACUGGCUUUUGUUGGAAGAUUCGUACUUGACGGAAUUGGAGGAAAAGUCAAAGAUCCUCACCAACACCAACACCAAGUACCCAGCGGAUAAAGAUUUGCGUGGUAGCACCUUCUUUGAGUCUCCGGAGGCGGAUCAUGCUAUCCGGGAAUUUUACGAUGUCACCAUGACUUACAUGUGCACCAAGUACCCAAUGUACUUUAAGAAAGGCGAAAAGGGCAUCCACAAUACCAUAACCGGUGAGCAUGUCCCUUUGAGUUCUGCAAACCAUUCCAGAACCGAGCUUCAGGAAGCAUUGGCUCGUGUCAUCCAGGAAGAUUUUAUCAUUCUCUUGAAGGACCCCUCUCGUGGAGACGAAAAGUAUGGUGAUGAAUACUUUUUCAAGGCAGGCGUUUUUGCUUUUGCUGCUGGCUUUGAUCCUAAGGAUAAAUUUGAUAAGGCUCUUACCAGUGUUCACGCCCCUAUCCCUGGAUAUGAGGAAAAGUUGAAGAAAUUGAUGAACCGCUUCUUCGACCGUCUCAACCCAUAUGAGAUGGUUACAAGAUCCAACUUCUCCGUUCAGACUCAUGACAAGUACUAUGUGGAUAACGACAACAAAGGCUAUCAUAACGACUACAGCACAGAGGUGCCCACAUUUGACGAAAAUGAAUUACACUACCGCAGUGAGCGUCAAGUCCUCACAAAAUUGCCUGAAUCUGGAGCAAUUGUUUUCACCAUCAGAACAUACCUUCACCCAUUCAAAAUGUUUGCCGACAGAUUUCCAGAGGAUGGCCGUCGUCUUGCAAGUGCCAUUCGCUAUUUACCACAGGACAUGGCCAAUUACAAGGGUGCCGAAAAAUGGGGUGACUCUGCUAAAUUGUACCUUGAUCGCUUAUAA